AUGAAUAAAAUCUUUAUUAUUGGUUUGAUUCUUGGUGUAAGCUUGUGCCAAUAAAGAACAGUGAUUGAUAGAUUGCAAGGCACAUAAGUUUUGGAGGAAGGACAUAAUGAAACAAUAUACAAUAUUCAUUAUUAUGAGGAUGAGGACCCUAAGGAAAAAUAUGAAUAAAUGAUGAACAACUUGUUGAGUUUAAACCAAACACAACUUUUGACUUGUAAAAAGAGUGAGGGCCAUGAAUUUUUCGGUAUGUCAUUCCAAAAAGUUGGAAGGCUAAACGAUAAGCUACAGAAUAUAAUACUUAAAGAUUAUGAUGAUGACUGCUACGAUUAAAUGAAAGUUAGUUACGAAUAUAAUAAUGCUUAAAACCAAGUUUAAGUGACCUUUCAUCCAGGAGAAUACAAAAACGGAAAAUAAUGCUCAGAAUUUUAUAUGAUUGGAACAACUUUGAAUUACAAUAUUGUCAAAAUUAAGAAAGCAUAAGACCAUAAGGUGUACUUCCAUUUUAGAAAUGAAAAGCAAAAGGAGGCUUUUAAAUUGGCGGGAGCUUACAUCUUCAGAACAUGUGAUCAUUUUGAUUAUUGGAUCGGAGAUUUGUUAACUACAAUUGAAUUAUUUUUUGGAGGAUUUUCAGCAAAUCCUUAUUUGGGUUCAGUAUUCGGUAGUUAUCCACCAAAUUGGAUGAUUAGAUCAAAUAUAGAAUUUAUUGAGAGAGCAACAGGAUAUAGAUGGAAGGAGAGACCCAAUGUUGAUGUUGAAUGGUCUGAAGCAGAAAUUCAUUAAGGAGACUUUUUGGCUAUUACUAGAUUUGAUGGAUUAGAUUAAAUUAUCGAAUGGGGAACAGGAAGCAGAUCAGGACACAGUGCUGUUAUCUUUGAAAUAGAUGGUGUUAAAUGGGUUGUAGAAUCAUAAGAUGCCUGGUAUUGGCCUAAGAAAAAUAUUCAAAAGAACAGAUGGGAAGAUUGGAAAGUUUAUGCUAAGAAUGCAGGAUUCAAUGUUGCCAUAUUGCCAUUAAGUCCAGAGAAGAGAGCACAAUGGGAUUAAGAAGGGGCUCUUAAAUUUUGGAAUUUUAUGGAAGGAUAACCAUAUGGAUAUCACAAUUUUAUAUUUGGAUGGAUUGAUACACCCAAAGAUAAUUAUCCCACUUUGUUGAGUGCUGAAUUAGCUACUUACAUAUUUUCAUUCAUUGAGAAGUUUGCUCCUAGUAUUUCAACUAAAAUGGUUGGUGAAGCAUUAAAUAAGAGAUUAGGAACUGAAGGUUUGACAAUCCCAGAAAUCACAAUCGAAGCAGCAAAGAGAGGCAUUGAAAUUGCCGAAUUAUAUGCUAUGGUUGAGAAAGAUGAAUGGAUUUACAGUGAUGGACCAAGUUAAGUAUGUUCUUCAUUUGUUAUUGGAUUGUAUAAGGCAGCUGGCUUAUUUGGAGAAUAUCAUAUUGAAGCAACAGAAUUUACCCCAAAAGAUGUUUAUUAAAUGAACUUCUUUGAUAAAGAUUACGUAGUUCCUAAAAAAUGCAAAGAUAAUGAUCCCGAUUUGCCCUAUUGUUAAAUCAUGGGAACUCAUAGAAUGGAGUUGGAAGGAUACAAUACAAUAGAUCCAUAUGAACAUAUGAAUGAGAGAUGUCCAAGUUAAGCUCCAGAUUAUAAGAGACCAGCUGACUGUUGAUUUAAUAAUAAAAUAUUAAUAUUAAGUAAUAUUAUUUUAUUAAUAAA